AUGGACGCGGCGCUGCUCGCCGCCGCCGCCGCGCUCCUCGCCGUCCUCCUCUUCUUCGCCACCCGCCUCCGCGGCCAAGCGAGGGCAGCUGAUGAGGAACACCAGCAAAAUGUGGCGGCAGCAGCAGCAGUGGCCAGGCCUCGGCCCCAUGCUGAAGAGCGGGGAGAUGGGAUGCCAAGGCGCCGGAGGAACAUGGGAAACCGGAUGAUGGCCCAGAGGAGAGCGCAGCAGGCGGAAGACUGGGUGGAAGAGGAAGAUGAUGCUGAGGAGGUGCCAGAAUUUCAGGUGUCUGGGAAAAUUGGAGCAAAGAAGCAGAGGAAAUUAGAAGAGAAACAAGCCAGAAAAGCACAGAGAGAGGCUGAAGAAGCAGAGCGAGAAGAACGGAAAAAACUUGAGUCAAAAAGAGAGGAGGAAAGGCGGAAAGAAGAGGAGAGAAUACGUCUUGAGGAAGAACGACAGGAAGAGGAAAAAAGGAAGGCAAAGGAAGAAGAGGAGAAGAGAGAGUAUGAAGAGUACCUGAAGCUGAAGGAGAGUUUUGUAGUUGAAGAGGAAGGGGUUGAAGAAUCGAUGACGGAGGAAGAGUCUCGCAGCUUUCUAAUGGAAUUUCUCGAAUACGUUAAGAAAACAAAGGUAAUCCAGCUGGAGGACUUGGCUUCACAUUUGGGUUUAAGAACACAGGAUGCAAUUAACAGAAUCCAGGACCUCAUGGCAGAUGGCACUCUAACAGGUGUGAUUGAUGACAGAGGAAAGUUCAUCUACAUCACUCCAGAGGAGAUGGCUGCCGUGGCUCAGUAUAUCAAACAGAGGGGACGAGUCUCCAUCGCAGAGCUGGCCCAAGCAAGCAAUUCCCUGAUCGACCUCCAGCCUGACAGCCGAGCUGUUGCUCCAAGUGUGGCAUGAAAUUGUGGCGUGAGAAAAAUACAGCAGGAGUUCAACCUUUUAAUGAAUAAGCCACGUAAUUAAAAACAAACAAGAACCCCUCUAGUCCAUUCACGGUGCUUGAAGAUAGGAUGCUCUUUUUAAGCAUCAGCUACAAGACUUGAUCAAAAGUUUUGCUUUUCAUUCUGUUAGAGCUGGUAUAAAAUAGGACAGUCUUUUGUACAACAGAAGCUAGCCAAGAACUUGGGGCUAAAACACGCCUGUACCCCAGGAAUAUCAGUAAUUUACACGUGGUUACUUUAUCUUGGCAGUCAGGCUCAUGUGUCUAUACUCAAACUUUUUAUUGUUUCCAGAUUGUGAUGUCUGUAUCAAAUAUAUUUGGUUUUGAUUGCAUUCAGAAUUCUCCAGGCUUGCUCUGCACUUAACAGAGCCGUAUAAUGUUGUGGCAAUGACGUACACAGCCCAGAACAAUAGGUGUGUAGGGGUGCGGCUUGCAGAUUUUGUCUUCUGUACCAACAUCAGAAGGAUAGAGUAAAGAGAAAAUACUGCAAGUGUGUCUUUGUUCUUACUGAAAGAUAUACUGAAACUCUAAAAAUUGGAGUGCUUGCUGUGUUGUGAGAACUUCCAAAGGUUCUUUCAGAAAACCUUUGCUAUAUAAAUGUGUUUUCCUUGGUUUAUAUCACGUAAAAAGUUCACUUGCAGCCAAGCUGCGUUAUUUUUCUGGAGCCAAGAAACAGAAACACCUCCAGGGAAAGGCUAACUCGCCUCAUUUAUUGUGCAGGGCAAUUCUACUGAUACCAACCAGAUUCUGAUGAUUCAUCCUUUGAAGUAAGAGCCAGCUCAGUGUGUCUGAAGGCCUCAGACGCCCCCGCCCCAUGGCCUGUGUGUUCUGGAUGUUGGGUUUGGUUUUUAAAAUAAACAAUUCAGGCACUAGGAGUCACACAAUUAAUGUUACAAGUAAAUGAUUAUUAAUAUAUUAGUUGUAGGGGUCAGUAUAUUUCCUGCAUAAGAAUAUUUAUUUUUUUAAUAGCCUAACUGAUGCUCUCUUAAUUCUCCUUUCUGAAAUCAACAGGAUCUAUGUGGCUAUACAGUAAUUGGGGAGGGCAAGAGGGGCUGGUUUUGUCUCUGCCAAACUUAGCGAUAACUUGAGUAGACUAAAAGCUGCCUUAUCAGCGAGAUGAGAUAGCAAUAAAACAAUGGAAGGAAGCGUAUUUCCUUUUUAAUCUCUGCACUACUGCUGAAUGGGAUGCUCUGCAGGAGUGCUGAGUUACGGUGCAGCACCACAUGUUGAUGUGAAAGUUCGGUACAUCGUUACUGUGUUGCACAACGAUAACCAGCAGAGAGAUUACUUGAGAUUCGAGGCUUGUAAAGUCUCUUAAUUAUUCAAAAUUUGAUUUUGCCAUGAUUUUUUUGUUCUGUCCUAAACGAUUCUUGUAAUAAAAUAAACAAUAUUGAAAGAAUUGCA